AUGCCACCCCGAAAGAGCAACGUCUCCGUGGUCUCGAACGGUGCGGAGGAAGGGGGCGAUGGAACACCAGCAAAGGCACCAAAGGAUGGCAUGAGUGUUGAGGACCUCAGUCUGCCCAAGUCCAUGAUCGCACGCCUGGCCAAAGGAGUUCUACCUGCCAACACACAGAUACAGAAGGACGCAUUACUGGCACUACACAAGAGUGCCACCGUCUUCGUCAGCUAUAUCGCUUCAAAUUCGAACGAGUUCGCAGCAAAUGCCGGCAAGAAGACAAUCAUGCCGCAGGAUGUGCUAGCUGCCAUGAAGGACUGUGAGUUCGAAUCCUUCAAACCAAGACUGGAAGCCGAGUUGCAGAGGUACACCGAGAUGCAGUGCGACAAACGUAACACGUAUCGGCGGAAGGUCAAGGAGGAGAAAGCCGCGGCUGCCCCUAAGGAUGAUGGCGACACUACCAUUGAGGGCGAGGCUACGGCGGGAGCAAAUGGUGCUACUACCAAUGGCCAUGCCAAUGGGGAGGAAGUGGACAGGCCUACCAAGAAGUUGAAGGGGGACGAUGGUGCUGCGGUGGCGCCUGACGCGGACAGCAUGGAUGACGAGGAUGAUGACGGGCAGGAGGACCAGCAAGAAGACGGUGACGAUCAGCCUGACGAUGAAGAAGACGACGCUGAAGAGGAUGAGGAUGAUGACGAUGACGACAAUCCCUCGCCGGAAGACGAAGUGGACGAAUCUCGCGCGAUGCAGGUCGACGAGGCGCUGGACGAUCCGGGCAGCGAGAGCGACUGA